GCCAAUAGCCGGUGGAUUGGACACACCCUUUUUGGACUGAAACAAGCAAAGCCCAAUUCUUCAUCUCCAUUUUUAUUUUCGAAUUAUUAAAGAUUCUCCACCUCCUUCACUCUUGCGAUUUCUCCGGCAAUUCUUUCUACAGAUGUAUUAACAUGAAAGGUGCCCCCCUUGCAGCGCAUCAGGAACUGUAAUAUGCUAAUGGCUGUGACCUUGUGACUGUAAUCACAUUAUGGGAGUUUUAUUGGGAUGAUUAUGGAUGUAACAUAGUCUGUAAUCUAAUCCUCAUAUUGAGCUGCAUGGUAGACGUGGGAGGGUUGGGAGUUUGAGGGCCAAAUGGAUUCUAAUGCUACGAUGGCUAGCUCAGACUUGCAGCCUCGCGAAGACAUGGAGUUUGAGUCGCAUGAGUUAGCAUAUGAAUUUUAUAAGGAAUAUGCGAAGUCUGUGGGGUUUGGAACUGCUAAGUUGAGUAGUCGCCGUUCUAGGGCUUCAAAGGAAUUUAUUGAUGCAAAAUUUUCGUGCAUAAGGUAUGGGAACAAACAGCAGUCUGAUGAUGCUAUAAAUCCACGACCUUCUCCCAAGAUAGGUUGCAAGGCAAGCUUGCAUGUGAAAAGAAAGCAAGAUGGAAAUUGGUAUGUGUAUAAUUUUGUCAAGGAGCAUAACCACGAACUAUUACCUGCACAAGCCCAUUUCUUUAGAAGCCAUAGGGAUAUUGACCCACUGAAGAAUGAUGUUCGAAUGCGCAGACGCAAGAUUUUGGCUUCUGUAUCCAAACAAUUCAGCGCAUAUCAGAAUGUUAGGUGUUUAGACAGUCUUAAAAGAAGCCAACAUAGCAAGGGACGGAGCUUGUCUUUAGAUGCCGGAGAUGCGCAAAUGCUGCUUGAUCUUUUUAUGCAUAUGCAGGAAGAGGAUCCAAAAUUCUUCUACGCUGUGGAUUUGAAUGAAGAGCAUCGAUUGAGAAAUGUAUUUUGGGUUGAUACAAAAGGGCAAACUGAUUAUAAUUACUUUAGUGAUGCAGUGUCUUUGGACACCACAUAUGUUAGGGACAACUAUAAGAUCCCACUGGUUCUGUUUGUUGGAGUUAACCAUCAUGUUCAACCAUUAUUACUUGGUUCUGCACUGAUUGCAGAUGAAUCGGUGCAUACUUUUCUUUGGUUGAUUCAGACGUGGCUCAUAGCAGUGGGUGGACAACCUCCUCAAGUUAUGCUUACUGGUGACAGUGAUGCACUGAGAGUAGCUAUUGCAGAGCUUCUCCCUGAUACCCGCCAUUGUUUUUGUUUGUGGCAUAUAUUUGAAAAGAUUCCUAAGCAGUUAGACCAUAUAAAUAUCUGGCUUGAUGAUUUUUUGGAAAUGUUUAAUAAAUGUAUUUAUAGAUCGUGGACGGAGGAAAAGUUUGAAAAGAGAUGGUUGAAGUUGCUUGAGAAGUUUGAACUUCGGGAUGAUGAAUGGCUAAGAUCACUCUAUGAAAAUCGUAUCCAUUGGGUGCCUUUAUUUAUGAGAGGCGUAUCAUUUGCUGGAUUGUCCACAAGAUCACGUUCUGAAUGUUUGAACUCUUCUUUUGAUACAUAUGUCGACUCAGAAUCUUCUUUGACAGAAUUUCUAGAACAAUACAAGCUUCUUUUAGGUGAUAGAUAUGAAGAAGAGGCUAAAGCAGAGUUUGAUGCAUGGCAUGAAGCUCCUGACCUGAAGUCUCCAUCUCCUUUUGAGAAGCAGAUGGCCUGGGUUUACACACAUGAAAUUUUUAAGAAGUUUCAGGUAGAGGUCUUGGGAGCUGCUGCAUGCCACUUAAAGAAGGAAAAAGAAGAUUCAACUGGCAUAACAUAUACUGUUAAAGAUUUUGAGAAUAAUCAAGAUUUCAUAGUAGAAUGGAAUGAAUCAAGUUCUGAGAUCUGUUGUUUGUGCCGUUUGUUUGAACACUAUGGUUACCUUUGCCGACAUGCUAUUGUUGUUCUUCAGAUGUCUGGUGUGUUUAGCAUCCCUUCUAAAUACAUAUUACAGCGCUGGACAAGUGCUGCAUUAAGUAGGCAUUCCAUCAGCGGAAAGCUGGAUGAGGUGCAGGCUAAAGUUCGUAGGUACAAUGAUCUUUGUCGGCGAGCCUUAAUCUUAGCUGAAGAAGGUUCCCUGUCCAUAGAGAGUUACAGAGUUGCAGUAUCUUCUAUAAGAGAUGCUUUUCAGCAUUGCAAUAAUGCAAACAGUUGUCUUGAAAAAGAUUUGAGACCCAAUGCUACUUUAGUCUAUUCAACGAAUUACAAUAUGGAUGAUACUCGAGUUAGCCAUCCAAGAUUGUGUGAUGGGGAGCCUGAUAUAAGAUUGAAUGAGACAGCUGUUGCUCCCAUAACCGACGUUGGAAGUGGUGGCAUCAAUGUGAACAUCAGGGGAAGGGCUCCAUUGGUCCGAGAUAUUGCAGUAGUUGGACCUGAACAUGGUUUUACUCAAAUGGAAACUUCAAAUACAAGGCCUGCACAUUUGCAUAAUAUGUUUCCAGUACCCUUUCAUAACGUAACACCUAGUAUGUUUCGAGGGACAGCACCAGCGCAGUUUCAUCAUUCAACCUGGCAAGAAAUGCACCUUCAGCAUUAGGUAAUUUACUAGCAGUAUUUUCUAGGAAAGGUAUAUUACUAGCAGUUUAGACCGUUGGUUGAACAGAAUCACCAAAAUGCAGAAGGAAUGGACUGCUGAUUAAUUUCUGACUUGAGUAGAAGAAGCAUGAGAUACAUCCUGAUAUCGCCUUCGUCUUCAUCUCAAAGUUUCUGACCUGUAGUUUAUACUUUAGAUAGGUUCAGGAAUACCUUUGUUCUUCCCAUAGUUCUGUAUAGCAACUUCUUGUGCAAAAAUGUUUAUGUAGGAACAGAUGAGUUAGGUCAUACAGUAUAUCAUUGGAAGAUGUAUAGAUGAAUAGUUUUUAAA